AUGAACAUCAAUACUAAUAACAAUAGCUCAAAUGAUAUGAAUAUUCCGUUUUAUCAAGAUCAUUGUUUAAGUUUUACAAAUCAACAUCUUCAAACUAUAGAACAAGAGUUAGAAUGUGCUCGAGAACAAAAUGAAAAGAAAAAGAAGAAGAAGAAAUGUCAUGGAAAUCGUAAAUUACAACGAUAUCGCCGAAAACUUCGUCAACGAGGUAUUAAUACUUCAAUUGAUACAGAAUCAUCAGUAGUACAAGAAAACAUUCAACAAAACGAACGAACAAUAAUUGGCUCAACUACUGAUGGAGAAACUUCUCUUUCUGUCAAAUCAGUUCAGCAUAAAAUAACAAAAAAGAAGAAAUGCAAUACGAAUAAACAAUCCAGUUUUAUCAAUAAAAAUAAUAUUCAUCAAGUGGAUCAAUUCGAAUUUGUAAGAAAUGAUUCUGUUGAUUAUACUAUUAUAUCUAAUGAGAUAUUAUAUCAAAGCACAGCUCCAGCUUUCAAUCUUUCGCCAAAGUUUAAUGGUUUGUUUAGUGCAGAUGAAAAGAUCCAAAUUAUUCGUCAAUAUAUUAGUUUAAUUGAUCAAGUUUGUUUUCAACAACUCAAACAAAUUCAAUGGAAAUAUUAUCUUCAUCUUGGUUUGACACAAGGUAUUUGGCAUGGUCAUAUGUCUAAAACAUCUGCUGAAAAGUAUUCUAUAUGUCAUACAUACGGAAGAUCGAAAUCUGUGAUUGAACAACGUAUCAGAGUAAUCGAAAAACAUUUCAAACAAGCACAAGAUGCCAUUAUACAGUUUGAACAAAAGAUUUUAUCAGAAUGUGAACAAAAUCAAGAUUGUUUAAAGGUAUUGAAAGAAUUAAACACAAUUAUUUAUCAAUUAGUUCAAGAAAAGCAACAAAUUGUAAAAGAUAAAUUCGAAUAUCAAAGAAAAAUGUUACUUUUCAAUGCAACUGACCAUCAAUUACUUCAAAAUUUCUUCGAUAUUGAACCCAACAAUAGACAUAUCACAUGGGCAAGGCAUAUAUGGAAAGCAACAAAAGACCAACUGAUAAUAGAAGAAGAUAUUGCUUUGUUACAACAUCGUCUUAUAUCUACAACAUUAAAGUCAACAUCUGAUUUACUUCAUAAAAUCAUAAAUAAUAUUAACACAAAUAUUCAAAAAUUCAAUGAUACCUUAACAAAAUCAACAGCAACUUAUACUUCAUCAAACUGCAUUGAAACACUGAUAACUUUGAAGAAAGAUAUUAUUCAAGAAGCUAUCUUUAUCCAUCAGAAAGAACAUGAACAAAUCCAAACAAUUAUACAUACAGAACAGAACAAAUUUUUCGUUCAAAAUAGAUAUAUGGAAUCAACAUCUGAAUAUCAGAAACGUGUGAAUGAAGCUAUCGAAAAACGUCGACAACAUAUGCUCGUACGUGCAAACUAUGCAAAACAAUUCCUUUUAUCAGCAUCAUUCAAUCUAACACAUCAUCGAUCAUCAACGAACGAUUCAUAG